CAAUGUCUGGCCAAAAUGUGCCUUUCAUGGGGAAAAGUAUGUGAUCAAGGUGAUUGUGUGGCAGACCUGGGAGCCAAGGAAAUAUUGUUAAAAGAUCAAAAUAAAGUGGCCUCAGAGCAGAGCCACUCUGAUGCUGUUGCACAGCAUUACAACCAGCUGCAAGAGACAGGGCUGGAUGCCAGAGCCCAGAGUCGCAUCUUCUACCUGAGAAAUUUCAACAACUGGAUCAAGAGUAUGCUGAUAGCUGAUACUUUACAGAAGCUGAGAUCAGAAGGGCAUCCACGACGGGACAUCUCAGUCCUGGAUCUGUGCUCAGGGAAGGGAGGCGAUCUGAGGAAGUGGGAGAAGGGAAGGAUAAAAAAACUCAUCUGUGCAGAUAUAGCACAGACCUCUGUGGAGCAGGCAAAGGAUCGUUAUAUUGAACUGGUACAGAGAAAUAACAGUAACAGAUACCCACAAAAUCUCUUCUCAGCAGAAUUCAUUGCUGCAGACUGUUCAAAGGUCAGGUUAAAAGAUGUAUACCCGGACCCGUUAACACAGUUUGAUCUCGUCAGUUGUCAAUUUUCAUUCCAUUAUUGUUUUGAGAGUUACCAGCAGGCAGAUAUCAUGCUGAGGAAUGCCUGUGAAUGUUUAUGCCCAGGGGGGUAUUUCAUAGGGACCACGCCCAACGCUCAAGAAAUCAUGCGGAGGCUGAAGGACUCAAAUUCAAACACAUUUGGCAAUGAUGUGUACAGCGUGACAUUUGAAGGAGCCUCGCCAGACAGCUUCAGGCCCCCCCUGUUUGGGGCCAGAUAUAAUUUCCAUUUGGAAGGUGUAGUGGACUGUCCAGAAUUCCUGGUUUACUUCCCACUGUUAGAAAAAAUGGCUGAGAAACAUGGCAUGAAGCUGGUUUAUAAAAAGCCAUUUAGUGACUUCUUUGAAACAUUCAAAGAGGAAGGUGAAGGGAGAUCUCUCUUGGGCAAGAUGCAAGCUUUAGAGCCGUUCCCAGCGUCAGAAGACGUACGACUGAUGGGAGAAGAGGAGCAGUAUAGUCAUGCCAGACAGAUGCUUUCUGAUCUGGAGGCUAGUGACCAAGGGGCUGAGGGUAAUCCAAGAAGACAUCCACAAAAACUGGGAACCCUAUCACAGUCAGAAUGGGAAGCUAUAUCUCUCUACCUGGUGUUUGUCUUUCAAAAACAUGUUGAUGUAUCCAGUGAUGAGGCUGCUGCUGAAGGUUAGGUGAUGGGAAUAGAGACUGGACAUGCCCUGAAGAUAUGGGGCUGGUUUUGUGACACUUAACAAGGAUU